UGAGACUUCGACGCGAUUCAUGUACGCCUCAUGGUACCGGUGUGGCCAUUGCCCACUGGAUUAGGGCGCUCGCCACACUAGUACUAGUGGUUAUAAACCUACUCGCAGUGCUGAACAAUUCUCAUUGCUCAGUCCCAGUUUCAUCUACCUUCAUCCAUGGAUCCUUCAAAGAUAAAAGAGAAAAUCGUUCGCUUUCGAAUCCUUAUCAUAGGAAGAGCGAACGCAGGAAAAACGACCAUCCUAAAGAGGGUUUGUAACACCAGAGAGAACCCAGAGAUAUUUAAUAGUGCUGGGGAAAAGAUCGACGUCGAUGUUUUGAAGGAAUCCAGAGGGCGUGGCGAGCACGACAUCAAUAACGAAAUGGUGUUUCGAAAAAACCCAGGCUUCAUUUUUCACGAUUCGCGCGGUUUUGAGGCAGGCGGCGAAUCCGAGUACGACAAGGUGAACACGUUUAUCGCAGCCCGUUCGGAGGAAGGAGAUAUAAAGGAUCGUAUUCACACAAUAUGGUACUGUAUCCCAAUGGAUGAAGCAAGCAGGGCGUUCACCGAAGCUGAACUCAAAUUUUUCUCCCGCUGCGACACUGGAAGCAUCCCAGUGAUCGUGAUAUUUACGAAAUUCGAUGCCCUUUACGACGUUGCAUUCGCCCGACUAAGGAAGGAAGGAAAAUCGAGGACAGACGCUAAGGCACUUGCUCCGAAGCGCGCCGAGGAGGCAUUUGCGAAUGGGUCGCAAUUGAAGUUUCUAUACCACUCCAAGGACAUUCGACGGCCACCAAAAUGUCACGUAUGCCUCCCUGACAUGGACAAGGAUGAUGCAGACUGUGGGCUACUCAUCGAGCGCACGGCUGAAACUCUGGACAGUGAAGCGCUUCAGCAAUUGUUCGUCUCAACUCAACAAACGAACUUGGAGCUCUGCGUGAGAUAUGCAGUAGAACGCGCACUUGAAAAAUUUGUCGUCUCUGAUGAGAAAAUCUCAUCUGAGGAUGCAAUAACGAGGUUGGGUAGAUGGUUUCCACAUAUUUCGAUAGUACGUCUGUUGAUCCUUGUUCGAGCUCGAGCCAUGCUGAUCCAAGCCAUUGCCCACUGUUCGCAGCGUGGUGUGAGUGUCUUGAUCCUCGUUCGAGCUCGAGCCAUGCUGAUCCAAGCCAUUGCCCACUGUUCGCAGAUCGUGAGUGUCUUGAUCCUCGUUCGAGCUCGAGCCAUGCUGAUCCAAGCCAUUGCCCACUGUUCGCAGCGUGUGAGUGUCUUGAUCCUCGUUCGAGCUCGAGCCAUGCUGAUCCAAGCCAUUGCCCACUGUUCGCAGUAUAAUGUGACUCACGUGUGGUGAUCUUUUGUCGAGUUCGAGGCUUGCUGACUGAAGAAAUUGUUGAUCCAUCUGCAGAAUGUCAGUAUACUCGUCCUCCACAGACCUUGAGCCAUACUCACCAAAAAAUUGCUCAUCCGUUGAUAGCUUGUGAGUAUUGUGAGUG